UACGUCAUCCACACGCGACUCCGGUCGGCCAGCAACAGAAGUUUUUGUUCAAACUGCAGCUUGAAGAUGGAGCCGCUCAUUCAGAGAUAGUGUUGAUAUAUAUUUAUAUAUUUAUAUUUAUAUAUAUAUAUAAAUAUAUCCACCGCAGGCAGUGAGCAUAAGGUAGUAUUUAAGGUAGUAUUUAAGGUAGUAUUUAAGGUAGUCAGGCUGUACCACGUGGUUACAUUCAUGUUUGUGUUUUUACUUUGAGACAGUUUGACUGAAGACAUGUCCAGCAGAGGAGUCCCUCUCAGAUGGCUGGAUUACUCGGCUGUUGGGAAAAGACUGGAGGGGACGCGCUUCAUUGCCUUCAAGGUUCCUCUGAAACAGUCUCUGAGCCGUCAGCUUCCUCGUUCCCAUGUGUUCAGUCUGUGGGAGCUUCUGGACGCUUUGAACAAAGAGAAGCAGGAGCUCGGUCUGAUCAUCGACCUGACGUUCACCAAGCGCUACUACAGUCUUCAGGACGUCCCAGAGUCUCUGCUGUUUGUGAAGAUCUUCACAGCCGGUCACGAGGUUCCAAACGACGACGCCAUCCUGAGCUUCAAACGGGCCGUACGGCGUUUUCUACGAGACAACGCAGAGAACGACAAGCUGAUUGGAGUCCACUGUACCCACGGCCUGAACCGUACUGGAUAUCUGAUCUGCAGGUACCUGAUAGAUGUGGAUGGGAUGGAUCCUAAAGCAGCAGUAGACUUGUUUAACUCCUCUCGAGGACAUGAUGUAGAAAGACGGAACUAUCUGGACGACCUACAGAGUGGACCGAAGAGGAGUAAUGAGGGGAUGGAGGAGGCGGAGCAGGAGCCAAUGAGAGGUCUCGCUUCACAGCGGCCCAGGUUCACCCCGUCAGACUCCGACAGCAGAGAGGAGAGACGCUCACACCUCAAAGACUCUCGGAACCACAGCAGACCUUUCCCUCCACGAGGAACCAACCAGCGCUCACACCACCACCAUCAACAGGACGGCCUCCUUCAUAGUCCACCUAGAGGAGACCCUCUCCACCCUUAUCAAUGGAUGCCCCCUCAUGCUGACAGUCAGUGGAGAAGACCCCCCCGCUCAGAGGACAGCAGGUCCAGAUAUGCUCCUCCAGAGGACAGCAGGUCCAGAUAUGCUCCUCCAGAGGACAGCAGGUCCAGAUAUGCUCCUCCAGAGGACAGCAGGUCCAGAUAUGCUCCUCCAGAGGACAGCAGGUCCAGAUAUGCUCCUCCAGAGGACAGCAGGUCCAGAUAUGCUCCUCCAGAGGACAGCAGGUCCAGAUAUGCUCCUCCAGAGGACAGCAGGUUCAGAUAUGCUCCUCCAGAGGACAGCAGGUCCAGAUAUGCUCCUCCAGAGGACAGCAGGUUCAGAUAUGCUCCUCCAGAGGACAGCAGGUCCAGAUAUGCUCCUCCAGAGGACAGCAGGUCCAGAUAUGCUCCUCCAGAGGACAGCAGGUCCAGAUAUGCUCCUCCAGAGGACAGCAGGUCCAGAUAUGCUCCUCCAGAGGACAGAAGGAGAGGUCCUCCUCCUCUCCCUCGUUACUCUGCACGCUGGACUAAGGAGUCCAUCGGUUGAGAUGGACAACAGCAACUUGAUUCAGAUCAGAAGAGACGUCUUUGUGGGUUUAUUGAUAAAUGAUCGGCUCUGAUUAGUCUUCAAGAGGUCGAGGUUCACAUGUUUUAAUCUCUGACCUGAAACAACUCUGACUCUACAGGUUUCCUUCCUCCUGCUUCAGCAGACUGAUAGAAACUAAAGACAUGAGGUUUGUCUGUUCGCUCUCUACGUCAUUGGUCAUACUUUCAAUAUUUUCCUCCAGUUAUGAGUGCACAGGUUUAUCACCUCUGUGAAGGCAUGAAUGACUGUUAUUUUUGUUAUCUUUUUAUUAAUUGAUUAGUUGCUUGUUCUAUAAAAUGUCUUGUAUAUGAAAGGUAUUAAAGUUUGAACAA